GGCGGCGGCGGGGCGACGGGCGAUGUGGCGCGUGCUGCGCCGGGCCGUGCCCGCGGCCCCGCGGGGGCGGUGCUGCCGCCGCCAUCGCGCGUGGGGCCGCCGCCAGCCGCUCCUGUCCGCCGCCGGCUGCUGCGGGGGGAACGCCCGGGCCGAGAGGUGAGGGGAGCAGAACGUGUGCUACCAUCACAAUGCCUGAGGUAAACACAGAUCACCUGGACGAGCAGCAGGUGCAGCUCUUGGCAGAGAUGUGCAUCCUUAUCGAUGAAGAUGAUAAGAAGAUUGGAGCAGAUACCAAGAAAAACUGUCACUUGAAUGAAAACAUUGAUAAAGGUUUACUGCACCGAGCCUUCAGUGUUUUCUUAUUUAAUACAGAAAAUAAACUGUUGCUGCAGCAGAGGUCAAAUGCAAAAAUUACAUUUCCAGAUUGUUUUACCAACACUUGUUGCAGUCAUCCUCUAAGCCAUCCACUAGAACUGGAAGAAAAUAAUGCCAUCGGUGUUCGGCGAGCCGCACAGAGACGACUGAAGGCAGAGUUAGGAAUUCCCAUGGAGCAGGUAACUCCAGAAGAAAUCUCCUAUCUGACACGAAUUCACUACAAGGCCAAGUCUGAUGGGAUCUGGGGUGAACAUGAGAUAGACUAUAUCCUAUUUGUACAGAAGGAUGUAACGCUGAAUCCUGACCCUAAUGAGAUCCAAAGCUACUGCUACGUGACACAGAAAGAACUGAAGCAGCUCUUGGACAAAGCCUCCAAGAAUGAAAUCAAGAUUACUCCAUGGUUUAAACUCAUUGCAGAGAGCUUUCUUUUUAAGUGGUGGGAUAACUUAUCUAACUUGAACAAAUUUGUUGAUCAUGAAAAAAUACAUCGAAUGUAAAUGGCUGGGGUAAAAGAUGCUGGAGGCUAGCAAUGAUGUGCCAUCUCAUUAACACUGUGGUCACUCAUGACUUGAGUGCAGAGAAUUGGUCCACCUGGAGCACAUUUAACAAAUAACUUUAUACCGAGGUGGUUAUAGCGGUUGUUUUUUCUUCUCUCUUCCCCCCAGCCUUGUUCCUUUUGGGUGAGUUAAGCUCAAUCUCACAUAAAAAUGGGUAAUGGUAACAGAAGAAAUCCCCUGGGUUCAUCUUUCUCCACUACUUGGUGUGAUAUGAAAGAUCCUCGGGCUGUGUGUGCCCCGUUUGCUCUUACUUCCUUGUGUAACUGCACACGCUGGCAGGGGAGUUUGGGGGCCUCCAGCCCAGCUCAGCCGAUAGAACUGGUACGUUCCCAGCUAUACAUGACUACGCCUUCUAAAAUAGUGAUUACAAAAGAAUUUGAGUUCUGCAUUGAUGUUGAGAAGAUUAGUUGCCUGAGGAAACAAUUUAAUUAAAAGUAAUUGGAAUGAUUUUAAUUGCAGAAAGCAAAUCUCUUCAGCUACUAUUAUAUUUAACCUAUAAGUAACCACGUAAAUGUUAAGCAGUGAGACUGUCGGUGUGGACUGAGUUUCACUUUGAAGUGCUGCAGUAUGUGUCACAGCUUUAGAUAAUAAACGUUAGGGGUUUGGCUUGGGGUUUUCUCCCCACCACCCUUUUCUGGUUAGUUGAUGACCAAGUACUGGACAUCUCCAAGUGAAAAAUAAUGGGUAAUAAUACCAACUAUAAAUGGUACCUAUCUAAUAUAGCAAGUAGCCUGUCCAGAUUUGGAGACGUACAUUAAUGGUUCUUUAUCUUCUGAAAAACAAAGGUAUUUUGAUACAAGGGUUUUUUCCCUGCAACAUCUACUUUAAUAGUUUUUUCAAAGUCCUGAAAAACUCAAACCCCUUGAACUCCAAAACUGAAGACUGACAAUUUACAAGCUUACUCCAACUCUUAAUUUCAGUUAAUCAGAAAUUCUGCCAGAGUGCAAGAGCUGAGCUUUUUUGAUUUUGCUAGUAACAAGAGUCAAAUGGAAGGCUUUUUUAAUAAAUAAUAAUCAAGGGUAUCCCAAUGUGAAUUAAAGUUCUGCUUCCCCAAAGGCUUGAUUUCUUCUGUUAGCAGACUACUCAACCUUGAUUUCUUAAGUUAUCUUCUCCCAGGUGUCUUGGUGAAAUAGGAUGUUUUUCAUACUCCUCCUUGCAUGUAAACUGCAAUGGUUGUAACUAGUCUGUGUCUGGUUUCGAGGUAAAACUGAGUUUUUCCAAUCUCAUCCCAGUUGUGACUGCAGCACUGAAGCUUCUCUCUGCCAGCACCUCUUAGGUUCAACACUUAAAGGUUUUAGAGCCAAUUUGUUGUAUGUUGACCCGACCUGAUGUAUUGUCUUGAAGCAAAUAAUAGGGGGUGAGGGAAUAGCGAUGCAGUGUAACAGCUCUGCUGAAUUCAGUGCCAUCAGCCACAUUACCUAAGUAACACAAUAGAGUACUUUGCAAAUACUUAAAAUACUUUUUAAAGAAAAUAUUAUCUUAAGAUUAUGAUUAAAAUACGUAACCUAAAACCUU